ACCACCAUUUGCAUAGCUGGGGAGUUGCGACAGAAUACCCUUCAGCACCUGGAAAGAGAAGGUCGUUAUAAAAUGGUAUAAUUCCUAAAACAGAAGUUUUAAUUCCAGAGCUUUCUGUUGAUAGCUCUUUGGCGGUUUUCAGAAUGGGGCAUAUCAUAGUAACGGUGAUUUGUGUCGUCUUCUUAUUCACUUUGUCAGAUGGGGCCUUUAUCAGCGUACCUGGUGCUGAGUGUGAAAACAGAUGUUUGGCUGGUUGCACAGGAACAUGCACACUGGAUAUGUUUGUGCAAUACAGUCCUUGCUCCUAUGGAUGUGUCGUAGAUGGAGUUUACACGUACAACACGGAACCUGACUUUACUGAAUGCGGAACAAAUAAGGUUUGUUACCAAGGCCAAUGUCGGGCACAACGUUACUCAGAUCAAUGCAGACGUCUAUAUGGUGGAAACUACAUCGGACUCGAGGAUCAGUAUAAUACUUGCUCGUUCACAUGUGUUCCAGCAGCUGAUGGAUGUAACGAUAUAUACGUUGAAGAUGUACCAAGUGGCGAGUUAUGCUUCGUAUCAACUAGUAAUGAGCUUGGGACGUGCUAUGGAUGCGUUUGUGUCUCUCCAACUGGACAAAAGGUAACACCGUACGUAGGUCCGCCAGAAACAAUAGGCGGCCCCACAAACGCUCCAACACCAAAAGGUUAUAUUAGCUUUGCACAAGCUGUUGCAGAAAGCAGUGGCAUUUCUACCUUUACUCCUUACGGUCAAGUGUCAAGUCAAUUGUCUUUUGCUCCACAACUAGUUGGAUCAGACAACUUAAGUGCAACACAACCACCAGCUGGAGGAAGCAGUGGUUCUCCUGCAAGACUUCAACGAUCAUCAGAUGCUCAAGCAGUAGCAAGAGCUCAAGCAGCUGCAAGAAGCAGAGCGUCCUAUGGAGGCUCCAAUCAAGGCCAAAUUUAUUCUCAAGGACAAUCUAGUGCAGAGGCUCAGGCACGAGCACGAGCUGAAGCAUCAGCUAGCGCUAGAUCCACAGGAAGUGGCUACCGCAAUGAUUUCACACAGAACGGAAAUGGUGUUACUUAUGGCUUUGUUGAUGAAAGAAAUUCCAAUAACGGACAAUCCGUAAUGGAAUCUCAAGUUUCUCGAUCAUCUGAUGGUUACAGCACAUCUAGUAGUUCUUCUUCUUCAUCGAGUUCCGGAUUUAAUAACUUCAGGGGAAACUCCGCUUCAUCCGAAGCCUACGCUAGGGCCUAUGCUGCAGCUCAAGCUCAAGGAUUUUCAGGAGCAGGCGCUCAAUCUUAUGCCGAAGCGUUUUCUGCAGCUCAAUCUCGAGGCUGGUCUUCAACUCAAGCAGAAGCCUAUGCUUACGCAUAUGCCAAUGCACUGACACAGGGAUAUGUAACUGCACAAGCACAAGCAUAUGCAGAAGCCUAUUCUAGAGCUCGAAGUCAAAGAUCUGGUUCAGCUCAAGCUCAAGCUUACGCCAAUGCUUACGCAGAAGCACAAUCACAAAGAUAUGCUAUGUCCCGAACGCAAGCUUAUUCUAAUGCCUAUGCCACAGCACAAGCACGAGGAUAUUCUACAUCGCAAGCACAAGCUUAUCCUAACGCCUAUGCAACAGCACAAUCACGAGGCUACAGUACGUCACAAGCACAAGGGUACGCUACAUCACAAGCGCUAGCUUAUUCCGAAGCAUAUUCAAGAGCUCAAACACUAGGCUUCAGUACCUCUGAAUCUCAAGCUUAUGCUAACGCAUACGCGGAAGCACGAGCACAAGGGUAUGCAUCGUCACAAGCCCAAGCUUAUGCUGAAUCCAGAGCCAGAGCAUAUUCUCAGAAUCAGGUUACAGGUAUGCGCUAUGGUGGUACAACUGGAUUCUCGAAUCAAAUGUCAAGUACUUCCGCACAAUCAAAUGCUCAGUCAUCAGCAGCAGCCAAUUCUAGUUCAAGAAGGUCUAGAUAUGAAGUCUUCACUGGUUCAAGCGGCAGUGAUACAUCAGUUAAUAGCCAAAGACAGUCCACUGCGCAAUCGCGAGCCAGAGCUGAAGCGCAAGCUGCUGCAAGCGCUAGGGCUACAGGUAGUGGUUACAGAAAUUACCAGACAAGGAAUGGAAAUGGCGUAACUUACGGAUCUGUCGGUCAAACAAAUUUCAAUGAUGGUAGAUCGGUUUUCGGAUCUGAAGUAUCUCGAUCAUCUGAUGGCUCUGGCUUUUCAAGCAGUUCCUCGUUUGCUUCAUCUUCUUCCGAUUUCAAUCAAAACUACAUUAGAAGACAAUCCUCUUCGUCUUCAGCAGCUUAUUCUGAUGCAUAUGCAGCAGCGCAAGCACAAGGCUUUUCAAGAGCUGAAGCGCAGGCCUAUGCCGAAGCUUAUUCUCAAGCUCAAGCACAAGGUUUCGAUGCCGCCAGAGCUCAGGCUUAUGCUUAUGCGUAUGCGGAAGCAAGAGGACAGGGAAUGGGAUCAUCGCAAGCACAAGCUUAUGCUGUGAGCAGAGCUCAAGCAACUUCUCAAAACCAAGCAACUUAUUUUCAGAGAGGAAACGCAAAUGCUGAAUCCUCAGCAGCAGCAAGCUCCAGAACAAGUGCAUUUAGUAAUUCAAAUGGCAACAGAGGAUCCUUCAAUUUUAUUGGGAGUGAUAGGUCUGCAGCACAAUCUCAAGCACAAGCAGAAUCAGAAGCUUCCUCUAGUUCAAGAGCAGCAGGCAGCGGGUUUGAAACUCAAAAUGGAAACAGUGUGACAUAUGGAUCUGCUUAUUCUCAGGCAUAUGGAGCAGCACAAUCCGAAGGUUUUACAGAAGCAGAAGCUCGAGCAUAUGCCAGUGCUUACGCAGAAGCUCAAGCUCGAGGUUAUGGCGCUGGUCAAGCCCAGUCUUAUGCAUACGGUUCAGCACAAGCUCAAAGUCUUGGUUAUAGUGGCUCGCAAGCUCAAGCUUAUGCUGACGCUUAUUCGGAAGCACAAGCAAGGGGUUCUGGAUCAUCUGAAGCUCAAGCCUAUGCAGAAGCGAGAGCCCGUGCAGCUUCUCAGAGCCAGUCGUUUACUACAUUUAAUCCUCCACCAGGAAUGAGGAGUUUCAAUUCCAAUCCAUUCAGCCGGGAUUUUUCUGGCACACAAUCCGAAUCUGAAGGAUUUUCCCAAUCCGGAUCACAAGGAAGAAUGAUGACUACAGGAAACGAACAAAUGAGAUCCAUGAUGCAAUCUAUGACUGGGAUGUCAGGUUUUAAUAUGGGGUCAUUCGGUCAAUCUAGCAGUUCAGGACAAUCGGCCAGUGGAGCUAGUGCUGCUGCAGGUCAAGACACUAGUACAGCAAGUGGUUCUACGGGGCAAGCUGAAUCUGGAGGCACUGGAGGCGAAGCUACCAGCACAGCUGGGUCUGGUGGCACUGUAGGACAAGCUAGUAGUGGAGCUAGAUCGAGUGCAGGGCAAAUGGACAGUGGGACUGGAGCAAGCGCCGGACAAGCUAUGAGUGGAGCUGGUGGAUCUACUGGAGGCGCAGCAAGUGGAGAAAUUGGAGGGGCUACUGGAGGUGCGGGACAAGCUGCUGCAGGUGCUGGAUCAUCGGCUGGAACAGUUAUGGGAUAAACAUUUUUGAAAAACUUCCGAAAGUUCCUCUUCCAUGCACAGCUUGUCAAAAAUAUAUUCUGUUAUGAUCUCUUUCAUUUGAAGUGCAAACAAUCUAUGGACAUAUUAAAAUAAGCAAUAUUUACAAAGCAUUUGUAUAAAAUAAUAAAAUGUCGAAGGAAACACUAGAAAAUUUAAAUAUUUUUCAAUUUUAGCUCAAGAAGGAAUAAAAAAUUAUUAUUUUC